AUGGAAGCCGCAGUUGAGAAGCCGGCUGCAAAGCCAACAAAGCCGCUUGGCAUGCGCAAAAACGGAAUGCAAUGGCAUGCGCCGAAGAAGGCCUUUCGCCCGACCGCCGGUCUGUCCUCCUACGAGCAAAGGGCCAAAGAGCGAGCGGCGAUGGCGCAGGUGAAGGCCAAGGAAAAGGAGAUGAAGCAGGAGAAGGAAGAAGAGCGUCAGCGACGAAUCCAAGCAAUCAAGGACAAGCGAGCAAAGAAGGAAGAGAGGGAGAGAUACGAGAAGAUGGCCGAAAAGAUGCACCGCAAGCGAGUGGAGAGAUUGAAGCGCAAGGAGAAGCGAAACAAGCUCUUGAACUCAUGA